AUGACCGAAAUGGAUAUCAAAAACGCUAUCCUCCGGCUCACCGAUAUCCUGGCCAACCAGCAGCCAACCAGGAUUGCAGUUCUCUUACAGAACAACGCAGUUCCCCAGGCUGGAAGCGAGAAAAUAAUCGAGUCGCUGGCGACGGGAAUUCAAGAAUUCCGGUUCGACCCAGACGGCGGAAUUUUUUUCGACUCCUGGUUCGCUCGGUACGAAGACGUUUUCAGGCAAGGUGGGCAACAUUUGGACGACGCUGCCAAGGUCAGGCUGCUCCUCCGGAAAGUCGAUACUGACAAAGCUCAAGCGUCUCUUCGAUCGACAAAAAUCGCUGAUCAACGCACGGUACCAGUGCCUGCAGUCCUGCAGUACAGGAAGGACGACGCAGAUGAUUUUACCGCAUACGCAGCUUCCAUCAACAAAAACUGCGAGGCGUUUCAACUCAACCGGCUUACUAGUGACCAGUUCAAAGCUUUGCGUUUCGUAUGUGGUUUACAAUCGCCACGGGACGCUGACAUACGAACUCGGCUUAUUAGUAAGCUCGAAGCCGAAGAAAGCGCCCCACCUGCCGAAGGUUGCCAACUUACCCUGGACAAGCUGGUAGACGAGUGCCACAAGCUCAUCAACCUGAAACAGGACACACAAAUGAUUGAGAAGAAGGACCCCUCAAUCAACGCUGUGUCCCUCCAUCCAAAACCACCCGAGACGAAGACGAAAAAGGUUCCGAAGACGCCCUGCUAG